AUGGAGUCACAAUCAACCUCGGCCGCCCUUUACGCGACCAUCUCGUCUCCAAUGCGGUCCAUCGGCGCUGUUCCCAAGGACACGGAACAGCUGAGGCACCAUCUGAAGAAUGGGAAAGGUUUCUUGAACCCUUGGGACUCAUACAUUGAGCAGACUGUUCCUCAGAUACUGCGGGCGCUGCUUUGGCGAAAGUUCCGAGGCAAGAUGAAGAGUCCCGACACAACACCUCCCACUGUGCCCGUCCGCACGCCAAUCUUUCUACCCACGCGAGAGACACCAGCGUUACGUGCGACAUGGCUUGGUCAUGCGUGCUACUACGUCGAAUUCCCUAGCGGACUGCGUGUUCUUUUCGACCCAGUCUUUACAGCAAGAUGCUCGCCGCUCACCUUCAUAGGGCCGAAGAGGUACACGAAAUUGCCGUGCCAGAUCGAAGACAUCCCGUUCAUAGAUCUUGUCGUCAUCUCACACAGUCACUACGAUCACCUUUCGCAUCCAACCAUCCUAGAGAUCAAGCAGAGGCAUCCAAAUGUCCACUUUUUCGCGCCCUUAGGCAAUAAGAAGUGGUUUGAAAAGGCGGGAGUCCACAACGCCACGGAGCUCGACUGGUGGCAGUCACGCCAAUUUACAUUGUCAAAGCAGCCAAAGAGCGAGAAGCUGGAGCAUGAAGAUGUAGACGGCACAGUGAGCGUAGGAAAGAGCGAGGACAUUGAGGCAACGAUAGAGUGCCUGCCUUGCCAACAUACCAGCGGGAGGACACCAUUUAACAAGUCACAUACCUUAUGGGCUUCAUGGUGUGUGGCGAGUGGAGGGAAAAAGAUUUGGUUUGGUGGUGACACCGGAUACCGCACCGUCCCCGAACUUCCCGCCGGAGAAGACGAUUACGACGAAAAGUACAAUUUGCCUCAUUGCCCUGCUUUCAAGGAGAUUGGGGAUUUCAGAGGACCGUUUGAUUUGGGUUUGAUUCCUAUUGGAGCCUACGACCCUCGCUGCAUCAUGUCAUCAAUGCAUGCGAACCCGUUCGACAGCGUCAAUAUAUUUACCGAUACCAGAUGCAAACAAGCGCUUGGCAUACAUUGGGGAACGUGGGUGUUAACAUAUGAAGAUGUCCUAGAACCUCCUCGUCUCUUGAAAAGGGCACUUGCAAGGAGUGCCAUCUCUGAAGAGGGCGUGUUUGAUGUUUGCGAAAUUGGCGAGAGCCGAGAAUACGCAGGUUCGAAGAUACCUUGA